AUGGGUCGACCAGGUAGUCAGCCGAAUGAAGCACAACCACCUCCGGUUCAAGUUCAACCAACGGUUAACCGGGACAACCAGGUACAUUCCCAAAACGGUGCAAUUGGUCAAGCAAACAUACAAACGGGCAGACCGGUCAAUAACCAAACGCAAAAUCUCUGGAGUUCUGAUCUUUUCGAUUGCAUGAAUGACAGUGAAAAUGCCGUGAUCACAUGUUUAGCUCCAUGCGUCACGUUAGGACAGAUUGCUGAGAUCGUUGACGAAGGCGCUACUCCUUGUGCGACAGGUGGGUUGUUGUAUGGAAUGAUAUUUUUCAUCGGAGUGCCGUUUGUCUACUCAUGCAUGUUCCGGGCCAAAAUGCGAAACAAAUACGGGUUACCGGAUGCUCCGGCUCCCGAUUGGAUCACUCACUUAUUCUGUGAGCAUUGCGCUCUUUGUCAAGAGUAUCGUGAGCUCAAACACCGUGGUUUUGACCCCAAUAUUGGGUGGGCUGGGAAUGUGCAAGCACAGCAGCCAGUAAUGUCUCCUCCGACAGGUCAACGGAUGAUGGGUUGA